CCGCGGGGCGGUGGAGGGGCGGGGCCCACGAAACUCGUCGGGCGGCAGCGAUGGCGGCUGCGUCGGGUUCAAUUCGCGUGCAGCGUUGCAUGGUGUCGCCAGCUGGGAGGCACAGCGCCUCGCUGAUCUUCCUGCACGGCUCAGGUGAUUCUGGACAAGGAUUGAGAACAUGGAUCAAGCAGGUUUUAAAUCAAGAUUUAACAUUCCAGCACAUAAAAAUUAUUUAUCCAACAGCUCCUCCCAGGCCAUAUACUCCUAUGAAAGGAGGAAUCUCCAAUGUAUGGUUUGACAGAUUUAAAAUAUCUAAUGACUGCCCAGAACACCUUGAAUCAAUCAAUGUAAUGUGUAAAGUGCUCACAGAUUUGAUUGAUGAUGAAGUAAAAAGUGGCAUCAAGAAGAAUAGGAUAUUAGUAGGAGGAUUUUCUAUGGGAGGGUGCAUGGCAAUGCAUUUAGUGUACAGAAAUCAUCAAGAUGUGGCAGGAGUAUUUGCUCUUUCUAGUUUUCUGAAUAAAACAUCUGCUGUGUACCAGGCUCUUCAGGAAAGUGAUGGUGUACUCCCUGAAUUAUUCCAGUGUCACGGCACUGCAGAUGAGUUAGUUCCUCAUUCUUGGGGUGAAGAGACAAACUCCGUGUUAAAGUCCCUAAGAGUGAGCACGAAGUUUCAUAGUCUCCCAGGUGUUUACCAUGAGCUAAGCAAAGCUGAGCUAGAAAAACUGAAGUCAUGGAUACUUCAAAAGCUUCCAGGAGAAAUGGAGAAGCAAAAUGAAUGAAUCAAGAUUGAUUUGUUGACCUACCUGUAAUGUCUUUGUGAAAAGUGGUUUUUACUGCCAAAUUGUACUUUGAUAAGUGAUAAUUAAAAUAUUGUUAUCAGUAAACAAUAUCAAGCUUACUGACUUAUUUACUGGUUAUUGAAAUGCUUAGCACCACAGAGAGUAGCAUCAUCUUAUUCAUGGUAAAUAUUAACUUAGACAGACAUCUGUGUGUUAUUUUUCAGAUACAUUUGUAAAUAUUUGGAGACCUUUUAAGUAAUUAAAUGAUUAAAUUUUAAAAAUAAUGUAAAGUUGGUUUAAGUAAGAGCAAUGAGAAAACAUGAAAAGGCUUAACGUGGCAUUUUAUUUACAAGUGUCCUAUCUUGUUUCCAAAUAUUCAGGAAUAUUUUAGAUGUGUUUAUUAUUGAUUUCUGAUUUAAAUCCAUUGUGGCCAGAGAGCAUAUUUUGUGUUACUGUUUUAUCUGUAUUCAUAAAGGUUAUUGGCUUGAAGUUUUGCUAUUUAAUUUGUUUUGUACAUUUUUUGGUCUGGUUUUGGUAUCAGGGUAAUACUGACCUCAUAAAAUGAAUUGGGAGGUGUUUUCUCCCCUUCUGUUUUUUUUGGGAGAAAUUGUAUAGAAUUGGCAUUAAUUUUUACUUUAAAUUUUUGUUGAAAUUCUCUAGUGAAA